AUGCCUCAUCUAUCUAUCUAUCUAUCUAUCUAUCUAUCUAUCUAUCUAUCUAUCUAUCUGUCUGUCAUUCUGUAUCAGUAUAUGGCUAUCUCUCAAGUGCAAACUUAUUUCAGCUUCUUUCUUUCUUUCUUUCUUUCUUUAUUUCACAUGUCCUCUCUUUUUCUUUCUUUCUUUCUUUCUUUCUUUCUUUCUUUCUAUGCAUCUAUCACAAUAUAUGUCUUUCUAUCAGAUUUCUAUCCCAUUUUUUCUUUUCUAGUCUUUCCCUCUCUCUUUCAGUCACAAAAUAUUCUAUCUAUCUAUCUAUCUAUCUAUCUAUCUAUCUAUCUAUCUAUCACAUCUUUCUUUUUUCUCUCUUUUUACUUUCUUUCUUUAUUUCUUUUUCUUUCUUUCUAUGACAAUAUCUCUCUCGCUAUCAGUUACAAGAUCCUUCUUUUUUUCUUUCUAUCGAAGUCUAUUCAUAUCUAUAUAUCUAUCACCUCUCCCUUAAUCUUGCUUUCUGUGUCUAUCACAUCAUAUUUCUUCUUUCUUUUUCUCUUUCUUUUUCUCUUUCUUUUUAUCUAUCAGAUGAUCUUUCUUUUUUCACCCUGUCUUUCUUCCCUAUCUAUCUAUCUAUCUAUCUAUCUAUCUAUCUAUCUAUCUAUCUAUCUAUCUAUCUCAAUCACAAGUUCUUUCUAUCUAUCUAUCUAUCUAUCUAUCUAUCUAUCUAUCUAUCUAUCUAUCUAUCACUUGUUCUUUCUUUCUUUUUUCUUUUUCUUUUUCUCUCUCUCCUUAUCAGUUACAAGAUUUUCAUUUCUUUUUUUAUCUAUCUAUCUAUCUAUCUAUCUAUCUAUCUAUCUAUCUAUCUAUCUAUCUAUCACUUUCUUUGUGUCUCUGUUCCAUCCAUAUUCUUAUUUCUGUCUGUCAUCUCUCAAUACAGACAGAUCACCUAUUAUCUAUCUAUCUAUCUAUCUAUCUAUCUAUCUAUCUAUCUCAGACCAUAUCUAUCUUAGGCUGUCCAUAUCUAUCUAUCUAUCUAUCCAUCUAUCUCAGGCUGUUCAUAUCUAUCUAUCUAUCUAUCUAUCUAUCUAG